GGGCGAGGCGACAGGCCCCGGCGGGGGCGGGCUCUCCUCUAGCCUCGCUCUCCCGCUUCCGUUCUCAAAGGAACCUCGGCCAGGAAAGCCGCGCUCCAGGGACCGCCGGGCCGGCUGAGAGCGGGGCAAAGCCCCAGGCGCUCCCUGCUCCGAGCCCCGGCGGGCAGAGUGGCUCAGGCUGGGCUGGGGCGCUGCAGGAUCGGCUGCCCGCGACCAGGCUAGAGGGCGGGCUGUGCGCGCGCUGCGCGCCCCUCCCGCCGGGCAGGCCCCCUGCCCCCACCUGGGCCGCAGCUGCCCGUGCCCACGUGACCCUGGCCCAUCUGUUCAAGAUGGCGGCGCCCAGGGCCGUCUGCACGCUGGUGAGCGGAGGGUGUGUGACUCACUGCCGUGGAGUUUUCUCUUCACUGGUCAAUCAUAUCUGCUUACACAAGCAGUCAUGCAGUCAACAAAGAAGAUAUUUCUUUUUCCAGAGACAAAGAAAUACUGCUUAUAGUAUAGUUCGGCCAGCUAUAGUUUCUCUAGCUCACCCAGUUCCUAAGCACAUAAAGAAGCCAGACUAUGUGACGACAGGCAUUGUACCAGACUGGGGAGACUACAUAGAAAUUAAGAAUGAAGAUCAGAUUCAAGGGCUUCAUCAGGCUUGUCAACUGGCCUGUCAUAUUCUACUUCUAGCUGGAAAGAGUUUAAAGGUUGGCAUGACAACUGAAGAAAUAGAUUCCAUUGUUCAUCAUGAAAUAAUCAGACAAAAUGCCUAUCCUUCACCUCUAGGCUAUGGAGGUUUUCCCAAAUCUGUUUGUACCUCUGUGAACAACGUGGUAUGUCAUGGUAUUCCUGACAGUCGACCUCUUCAGGAUGGAGACAUUAUCAACAUUGAUGUCACAGUAUAUUACAAUGGCUACCAUGGUGACACUUCUGAAACAUUUUUGGUGGGCAAUGUGGAUAAAUCUGGUCAAAAGUUAGUGGAGGUUGCCAGGAAAUGCAGAGAUGAAGCAAUUGCAGCUUGCAGACCAGGGGCUCCCUUCUCUGUAAUUGGAAACACAAUCAGCCACAUAGCACAUCAGAAUGAUUUCCGAGUCUGCCCCUACUUUGUUGGGCAUGGAAUAGGAUCUUACUUCCAUGGACACCCUGAAGUUUGGCAUCAUGACAAUGACAAUGAUUUGUUAAUGGAAGAGGGAAUGGCGUUUACAAUAGAGCCAAUAAUAAUGGAAGGAUCCCCUGAAUUUAAGAUCCUAGAGGAUAAAUGGACUGCAGUUUCUGUCGACAAUAAAAGAUCAGCCCAGUUUGAGCAUACCAUUGUAAUUACAUCAGGAGGAGCAGAAAGCCUUACUAAAGUAUUGGAAGAAUCUUAAGGAUGGCUCAAGAAGUGGCUGAAGUUACUGUGCUCCUGGAAUGCCUGUCAGCUUUACCAAGCCAGAGGAGGUUUCUGGAACUUUUACGGGGAAUAGGUGCUGUGGCUCGUUAGAGGAAAGGUAGUGGACAGCUUUUAGAGCAGAUGUGAGUGACACGUACUGCGGAUCAUUGCCUGAUAAGUAUUUAAUACAAAUGAGUUGAUUUGUGUAAAUCUUGAAGCUACCGUGCACACUCUAAAAGCAAGAAGAGUUUGGGUUCUUAAUUAUGAAGGGUGGGGGGGAAGGGGACAGAUACACAAAGGUAUUACUCCUGCUUCCAGAUGCUUACACUGGACAAACACGUAUCGGAUGAUUCUUAGUAAAUGCAACUGAGAAGACAGAGGAAAAUGGUAGUUUCCUCUUAUAUCUGAACUGUGGAGAGCUAUGGAACAAUUUCCCUUCCUUGUGAUUAGCACACUGCGAUUUCCCAAGCUUGUGAUCUACGCUAGUAGGAAAACUAAAUAAAUAAAUUCAAAUACUUAA